CAAACGAACACACAACUACUGGCUUUAAAGCCAUCAUUUCUCCAACCAUUUCACCACCUUUUCCUCCCCACCGCCCGUUAGAUCGGCAAUCACCGCCACCGCCACCACCUAACUCUCCGAUGCCACCCGUUUUGCUAAGGAUUUCCCUCGUCUGCCACCUCCUUAAUAGCCUCCUCCACUAUUUCCUCCCCCACAAGCUUAGCUCCCUCCUCCCCUCCUCUUGGCUCCCUCGCGCUUGCCUCCAGGAACCGGCCCCCGACGCCGCGAAGGCGCCGUCGCAUUGCCCUUCCCCGCGCUCCUCACCGUGUCCCCGGGUGUCGAUCCUGGCGACGCCGCCGGGAAUGGAGCCGUCGGAGCUGAAGCGGGUUUUCCAGAUGUUCGACCGCAAUGGUGAUGGUCGCAUCACGAAGAAGGAGCUGGGCGACUCCCUCGAGAACCUGGGGAUCCACAUCCCUGAGGGGGAUCUCGAGUCGAUGAUCGGGAAGAUCGACGCGAACGGGGAUGGCUGCGUCGACAUCGAGGAGUUCGGUGCGCUCUACCAGACAAUCAUGGACGAGCGGGACGAGGAGGAGGACAUGAGGGAGGCGUUCAACGUGUUCGACCAGAAUGGAGACGGCUUCAUCACCGUCGAGGAGCUCCGCUCGGUGCUCGCGUCGCUCGGGCUCAAGCAGGGGAGAACCGUCGAGGACUGCCGGAAGAUGAUCACCAAGGUGGACGUCGACGGGGACGGGAUGGUCGAUUUCAAGGAGUUCAAGCAGAUGAUGAGGGGCGGAGGGUUCGCAGCCUUGAGCUAGCUGAUGCUGGUUGAAUGGAAGGAGGAGAAGGGGAAAUUCUUUCAACAGGGGUUGUAGAUACUGGUUGAAGGGGCCUUUGAAGGGGAUAAAGAGAACAAGGUCAAGAACUGGACAUAUUCAUUCAGUUUGUUGGUUGAUGGGAUUUGACUGCUUUCAUCUUGUCUUUUAAUUGGAUCCAUGUUCCUUCUUUUUUCUCAUUUUUCACUUUUGGCUAUGAAAAUUUUUAGUUUGUUUGGGUUUGUCCUUCAAUUUGGCUCCUCCUCUCUUUUUCCCUUCUCCUUCCACAAAACCAACACAGCUUUAACUCAAUUCAGUAGAUAAAAGCCCCAAAGGAGACUGAAAUAUGUUAAGAUGCAGAUUAAGCUGAGAAUGGGGGAAUGCAUGGAGUGGAAUCUUGGUUGGUGGCAGUGAAAGGAAGUGAGAACCAAAAAAUGUAGUCCAAAAGCUCUUGUGAUUCUCGCAAGAAGCCAAAACAUUUGAUGCAAUUUGUUUAAUAAUAGGAUUUUUUUUCCCCCUGUUCUGCAGUCCAUGUCAUUCUUAGGAUGCUCUCCUUAUAUUCUUGUUGCCCUCAUUGUGUUGCAUUUUGCCUGACCUUUUCUCCUUUGAUAGUUUUGUUAUGGAGUGGAAUCUUUGAUGGAGGAGGCAGUGGAUGCUGAGAACCAAGAAGAUUCGGCCAAAGCUCUUGUCAUUUUAUCAAAAAGUCCAGCAGAUGUGAUCUAGGAACUUGUUUGAUGCGAUUAGCUUAAUAACAGGGGGAAAUUUUUUU